ACACUGUGUUUGCCGUGCAGAGUUAACUGUUAACACACACUCACAACAUGAUGACUCAAUUUUUCCCGUACCAAAGCGUGGCCUUUUGUUGACUGGUGGGAAAAUAAACCGGUCGCUUUGAGGCCUGCAGUCCUGCUGGUGUUAAGCCAUGAUAAUUUUGCUUCAGGCCCCACAGGGCUUAUAAAACUGCCCCUGAUUUUUUUUUUCUUUUUUUUUUUCUCAUUGUCUAUCUCCUAAUGACUAAUGAGAGGCUGACUCAUACAUGAUACUGUUUGCUUUUUAGUCAUCACUCUCUUUGUUGGGAAAAGUUCUCAGUGAGUAACUUUCAGAAUUAGUACAUGAUGAGAGUGUAGGCUCUCCAUAUGUGGAUGUCUUGAUUAAAUCCUGAUAAUGAGGUGCCAGGUUCAGGACUUUCUAAAUGCCUAAAGUCUUAUUUUUCACCAGAGUGCAGUUUAUGUCCAGUUCACAGCUCCCUGGCGCCUCCUCCAGCUCUGAUCCUUACUGCGUUUGACUGCUCCCCACUCAUCAGGCAGAAAAAGUAGAUUCAAGCCGCACCAGGAGGAAAAGCGAACAAACCGUGGAGCGGUUUUCUCUCCAACUCUUCGCACGCCUGUGCGUCAAGGCUUCGAGUCUGGCGCUGAUCAGAUAGCCAGAGAGGAGCCAGACGAGGAAGUUGGGAGGAGGGACCAGGGCAGUGGCGUGGUGUGCACGGAGAAGGGAGUUUAUAUUGGAUUCUUCUGACGCCUCCAGCGCUGUAGAGUCGCAGGAUCUCUUAAAUCUUGAUUGAGUUCUCUAUAAACGGCAUGUGCGCUUCAGGGGACGCAGGGCUUCAGAUUGUGUCAGCGCAGAUUUGACACGCUGCCUUUUUAAGAAAGCUACACACCUUUGCUGUCAAUGCCAGCGCAGGUAGAGGAUCCCGGAAGAACUCGUUGUGCAGGUUGUUUGCAUAGCCUUUAAUUUUAUUUUAACGAACAUCGAUGGACUCGUUUGUCUUCUUUAAAAAGUAGUUAUCCACUCUCCGAGUCGUUGAUUGAAGCGAACGAACGAAAGGAAAAUGAAGGAACCGUGGAAAAAGAAGCUGUACGUGUUGAUGGAUCUGCUGUGCGUUUUAGUUGCGGCACUGCCUUCCAUCAUUAUGGCCAUCGUGUACAAGCCAUAUCAAAGGGGGAUUUACUGUGACGACGAAAGCAUCAAGUACCCCCUGAAACCAGACACCAUCACCCAUGGCAUGCUGGCGGCCGUCACCAUCUCCUGCACCGUGGUCAUUAUCUCCUCUGGAGAGGCUUAUUUGGUUUACAGCAAGAGGAUUUACUCUAAUUCAGACUUUAACCAGUAUGUAGCUGCACUCUACAAGGUAGUGGGAACAUUUUUGUUUGGCGCAUGUGCCAGCCAGUCACUGACGGACCUUGCCAAGUUCACCAUUGGCCGCCCGAGACCAAACUUCAUGGCCGUGUGCGCCCCGAAGGUCUGCACGGGGUACAUGUUGGAGAUCAACUGCACUGGCAAUUCUGGGGACGUCACAGAGUCCAGAUUGUCCUUCUACUCUGGUCACUCCUCUUUUGGCAUGUACUGCAUGCUCUUCUUAGCGCUUUACGUGCAGGCAAGACUAGCAGCUAAGUGGGCCAGACUUCUCCGGCCCACCAUCCAAUUCUUCCUGGUGGCCUUCGCGGUGUAUGUGGGUUACACCCGAGUUUCUGAUUACAAGCACCAUUGGAGCGACGUGCUGGUGGGCCUGCUGCAGGGAGCGCUUGUUGCUGCACUCAAUGUGCGGUUUGUGUCAGAUUUCUUUAAGAAGCGCCCUCCGCGUUCCACAAGGCCAGACCCAGCUGAUAGCGAAGAGGCAGAGAGGAAACCCAGCCUUCAGAUUGUGGACUCUGACCACGGCAACCAUUACAACUACCACCACAGUCCGGGCAAUGUGUGAAAGGGGACUGAUGCUUUGGGGGGGAAAAAAGGCUGCAGCCUGCAGAUCUCAAAUCUGUGAGAUAAUCCAGGGAUUUCUAACUUCAUUGUGCGGUCAGCAGUGUUUAGUUCAGGGAAUACCCUGGAUCGUCUGUUGUCCUGACUCUGCAGGCUGCCUCCUAUCCCAGAACUGUGUUAAAUUCUUCAAUCAACUCUUCGUAUUUAUGUCUGAUAGGAGCAAAGCCUCCCUCUGUCCCAACCACUCACACCCCCCAUGCUCCACUGGACUGACUGAGGCGGCUGCAUCUCAUCGCGAGGUGCCUUAGCCCCCCUCUCAAAGACACGAUGACCUCCUUUUCUCCAGUGUGAGAGAGAAAGGAACUUGUUUUUAAGACAUCAUUAUUGAUGUUAAAGUGUAUAUGCUUAAAGCUGCAUUAAGCAAAAGACUCUGAACCCACUGCAACAAGGCUGUGGUAUGCUUUUUUCUUAUUACAUGCUUGAGACCAGCGUUUUAGCAAGCAGGCUGCGCACAACAGAAGAAGAGAAACAAGGGGAACAACCUCCCAAUAAGUAUCUCUUUCUUUGGCAUAACACAUGUUCCACUUUUUUUUUCUUAUCACUUGUUUAUUAGCCUCACCUGUGCCUGUAGUACAGUUAUAUAUAAUGGUGGCGUGGUUAAAAUUUCACCUAUAUGAACUGAUAACAUCCGUAUCAAACUGAAAGUGCCUUACAGGUGCACAGAUGGGAACAGUCUGGUGUUGUUUCACACUGGGAUCAGCUGUUCUUUCACUUUCACCACAGGUUGUUUAUUUCAUUCAUAUAUCACUUAAUGGAGCUUUAACACUUUCUUGUUUUUUGUCUAAUUUCUUUAUGUAGAGAAUGUUGUUUCCAGCAGUAAUUAAAGAAAAGUGAGAAGAAGGUUUGACGAGAAUGUUUGGGAAUGUGGGUGAAGGCGCAGUGAUGUGGAUGAGUUUCGUCGGUCAUGCACCUUAAAUUAUCUGUUGCACAAAUCGCAGCAGGUUGGCAGAUAUUCUUCAUGAGCUCAUCCUGAUAGCAAAAGGCUCCCCAGAGCUGAUUUCAACUCCCAGUUCUUAGUCAUAUUGGCUUCCUUCACUGUGACCAGUGCCAAUUGAUAUAAAGUUAGGAAAGAACAUAUUGAGUCUUAAACUUUGUAGGCUCAAAGUAACCUUGAACAACAGCUCUGCUUUUCUAAAACGUAAGAACUUAAUUGUGGCGCUUACUAUUUAUAUUUCCCCCGUGUGAACCGGACUGCAGCGGUAGAAACCAUUGAUGAGAAUGUCUUGUUAUUUCUGCUGGACUUUAUGUGUCAUACCACUACUAUAUUAACAUAUGUGGCCUCUCUUUUCUUUUUGUUUUUUUUCUCUCUUUCGUUGUAUAGUUUUGUUUUUUUUCACGAACAAUAAUCAAAGAAGGAUGAGACAACCGUUUUGAAAAUGGUGUUUAAUUUAUUUUAUAAAGUUCUUUAUUUGCGAAGUUGGAAAUACCAGCUGGUGAGUUUUUUUUUUUUCUUCUCCUUGUGCAAUCACCCCUGCUUGCCACUAUGAGCCACAAUUACUGUAGCUACUAAUGCUAUGAGACAUGUUUCAACUUUUGUGAAGGAUGUGUGUGUAUGCAUACACUACCAGUCAAAUGUUUAGACACAUCUUUUGUAUGUUUUUACUUCAUGUGUAGGUAGGUUUUAAUUUCACCUGUAACAGUGUGCUUCGGUCCGUGCCUUCUCAGACUGGUGCUAGUUGGAGUUGCCACAUAAAAAAAAGGAUCCAAUUCCCGGUCCAAACAUAAGCCAGAUGCCUUGGCAGGGCUUUUAAGGGCUGUUGUCAUGAUAAAGAGUUACAUACCUAACUGUGUUUUUGAAGCUUGUAAUAGUCCUCUGUUCCCACUUCAAAGAUUUGCCUGUGUUCCUUUUCCCCUUCCUGUGUCGAUAGAUGGGGUUAAUUUGUGGAUAAGGUCUCCUGUACAAUUCUCAUACAGCAUGCAGAACCCUGGAGGACUGACAAUAGAUCAGACAGACCACAAACCUGAUAGGCUAGGGGCUAGGGGUAGACGGGAACACAGAGGGAAUCUCACCUGGUAGUGAUUGUGAGGCCUAAGCUGCAACUGGAGACGGGAGGGGUACAAAAGAAGGGGGAGGUGGUGGAGUGUGGGGUAUCCCAUGGUGAAGCUUGGUCCCUAAGGCCUUGCACACAUCUAAAACACACGUUUACAACAAGAAACAGCUGGUUGCAAUGAAGUGCUGUGCGAGCCCACUUCCCUGCUCCUUACAUCUAAAUCAUCUGUGUAUUACUCGGUCAGACCAAUGGCACAAGUGAGGAUGUAGAAAUAUGGGGUCUGAUUGCUCUCCAGCUUUUUGGAAACCAGUGCUCUCAGCUGUUUAUGUCACCGCAUGUGUUUUUUGGCUCUUUUUGGUUCAGUAUCUUCAGAUGAUUUUUUUUUUUUGUAGCUGUGUAUAUGUCAACUUAUGGCUGUGGUUCGUGUUGCUUUGUUUUAUAGAUUACUAUAUCUAUAGUCUUCAAACCAGAGAUUUUUAAAUAAAGAUAUCAUCCACUUUAA